AUGGCUCCUGACGCGGAGGAUAGGUUGGCGGGUCUAGAUGCGGCGGAGCUACACUAUUUCAACUCUUACAACCAUCAUGGUAGAUAUCGGGUAGCUGUCUUGAUGUUUGCGGUCAAAGCAGGCGCAAAACAUGUUGUAGGUGUAGACAUGUCAACAAUCAUCGACAAAGCCAAGGAGAUAGUCGAGCGCAACGGUAUGACGGCCAAAAUCACACUAUUGCAGGGCAAGAUGGAGGAAGUCAAAAUGCCAUUCCAAAAGGUGGACAUCAUCAUAUCAGAGUGGAUGGGCUACUUUCUUCUCUACGAGAGUAUGCUCGAUACGGUCUUGUACGCGCGAGAUAGAUACCUCGUGACUGAAGGGAAGAUUUUUCCAGAUAGAGCAACGGUACAGAUGGCUGGUAUAGAAGAUGGUGACUACAAGGAGGAAAAAAUAGGCUUCUGGGAUAACGUCUACGGCUUUGACUUUACUCCAUUGAAAGAUACGGCUUUGGCAGAGCCUCUUGUCGACACUGUUGAGCUAAAAGCUUGCGUCACAGAUCCUUGCAGAGUAUUCGAGAUAGACCUUUACACCGUCACCGCAGAAGACCUCGCCUUUCGUGCGCCCUUCUCCCUCAAAGUUCGGAGAUCUGACUUCAUUCACGCACUGAUCGCAUGGUUCGACAUCGAAUUUUUAGCCUGUCACAAACCCAUCAGAUUUUCUACUGGUCCGCACGCUAAAUAUACCCAUUGGAAACAGACAGUGUUCUAUUUACGUGAGACGUUGACGGUCGAAGACGGAGAGCAAGUCAAUGGCUACCUCAUGAGCAAGCCAAACUCCAAGAAAAAAAGAGAUUUAGAUAUUCAGAUAGACUACCAAUUACAAGCUGACGACACAAAUAGAGAUGCAGCAGGGAGUCUGGCGUUCAAAAUGUACACCCUCGACCUCAAUUCUUGA